UUGCCCCUGAGCUGGGCAUGUGGCUAGCUCAGGGGCAGGCCUGGGGCAGGCAGGAAGGUGGAAGAGCCCAGAUUAAGGCUGCAAGCAGGUAGAUCAGGAAGUGGAGAAACCGGUUUGUGUUUCAGACUGCUGGGGUGGGGUCUCCUCUGCUGGGCUCCCUGCUUGCCAGCCUACCGCGAAGAGAUGUUCCGUGCCCCUCCUUGCUCACCGGCACUGACUUGGGGAACGCCAGCGGUAAAUGAAAGGGGCAGCCGGCUCAGCCCACCUUUUACUUCCCCCGGAGAGGCUUGGAAAAGAAGGGACCGGCCUGCGAGCCGGAGGGAGGGAAGGAGGCGGCGUCCGGAGCCUGAGGAGGGGUCAGCACGGCUCUGGGCUGGAGCCAACAGAUCCGGAGCGGAGCAGCCCCCCCAUGCUGUCUGCGGACGAUGCCGAGUACCCGCGGGAGUACCGGACCCUGGGGGGCGGGGGCGGCGGGGGCGGCGGGGGCCGGCGCUUCUCCAACGUGGGGCUGGUGCACACGUCCGAGCGCCGGCACACGGUGAUCGCCGCCCAGAGCCUGGAGGCGCUCAGCGGGCUGCAGAAGGCAGACGCGGACCGUAAGCGCGAUGCCUUCAUGGACCACCUGAAGAGCAAAUACCCGCAGCACGCCCUGGCCCUGCGAGGCCAGCAGGACAGGAUGCGGGAGCAGGUUGGCAGCUGGACCGUGGACCCCGUCUGCCUCCUCAGCUCCCUCUGCUCCCACCUCCAUGGCGACUCCGCCCCCUCCGGGGCUGGCCAGCCGGCCCAGCAGCCAAACUACUGGAGUUUCAAGACCCGCAGCUCACGUCACACUCAGGGAGCCCAGCCGGGGCUGGCAGACCAGGCGGCCAAGCUGUCCUACGCCUCGGCUGAGUCGCUGGAGACCAUGUCGGAGGCCGAGCUGCCCCUGGGUUUCAGCAGGAUGAACCGCUUCCGACAGAGCCUGCCGCUCUCGCGCUCGGCCAGCCAGACCAAGCUGCGCUCGCCAGGGGUGCUGUUCCUGCAGUUUGGGGAGGAGACUCGGCGCGUGCACAUCACGCACGAGGUCAGCAGCCUGGACACGCUGCACGCCCUCAUCGCGCACAUGUUCCCGCAGAAGCUCACCAUGGGCAUGCUUAAGUCGCCCAACACCGCCAUCCUCAUCAAAGACGAAGCUCGAAACGUCUUCUACGAGCUGGAGGACGUCCGGGACAUCCAGGACCGCAGUAUUAUCAAGAUCUACAGGAAGGAGCCACUCUACGCCGCCUUCCCCGGCUCACACCUCACCAACGGCGACCUCCGGAGAGAGAUGGCCUACGCGUCGCGGGAGUCGUCGCCCACGCGGCGCCUCAACAACCUGUCGCCGGCCCCGCACCUGGCAUCCGGCUCGCCGCCGCCCGGGCUGCCGUCGGGGCUGCCGUCGGGCUCGCCGUCGCGCUCGCGCCUCUCGUAUGCCGGGGGGCGCCCGCCCUCGUACGCCGGCAGCCCGGUGCACCACGCGGCCGAGCGGCUCGGGGGCGCCUCGGCGGCCCAGGGCGUGAGCCCCAGCCCCAGCGCCAUCCUGGAGCGGCGGGACGUGAAGCCGGACGAGGACCUGGCGGGCAAGGCGGGCGGCAUGGUGCUGGUCAAGGGCGAGGGCCUCUACGCCGACCCCUACGGGCUGCUGCACGAGGGCCGCCUGAGCCUGGCCGCGGCCGCCGGCGACCCGUUCGCCUACCCGGGCGCGGGCGGCCUGUACAAGCGCGGCUCGGUGCGCUCGCUCAGCACCUACUCGGCCGCCGCGCUGCAGUCCGACCUGGAGGACUCGCUGUACAAGGCGGCGGGCGGCGGCGGCCCGCUCUACGGCGACGGCUACGGCUUCCGACUGCCGCCCUCGUCGCCGCAGAAGCUGGCCGACGUGGCGGCGCCGCCCGGGGGACCCCCGCCGCCUCACAGCCCCUACUCGGGGCCGCCCAGCCGCGGCUCGCCGGUGCGUCAAUCCUUCCGCAAAGACUCGGGCUCCUCCGUCUUCGCCGAGAGUCCGGGAGGCAAGACCCGCAGCGCGGGGAGUGCUUCGACGGCCGGAGCGCCCCCUCCGGAGCUCUUCCCCGGGCCCGGGGAGCGCUCCCUCGUUGGGUUCGGGCCGCCGGUGCCAGCCAAGGACACGGAGACCAGGGAGCGCAUGGAGGCCAUGGAGAAGCAGAUUGCCAGCCUCACAGGCCUGGUGCAGAGCGCCCUACUUCGAGGCUCUGAGCCUGAGACCCCCAGUGAGAAGAUUGACGGCUCCAACGGAGCGGCCACCCCCUCAGCCCCCUGCGGGUCAGGCAGCCGGAGCAGCGGGGCCACGCCGGUGUCCGGCCCUCCCGCGCCGCCGGCCAGCAGCACCCCUGCAGGGCAGCCCACGGCCCUCAACCGCCUGCAGAUGCAGCUGCACCUGCGUGGCCUGCAGAGUAGCACCAGCGACCUGCGCGGCCAGCUUCAGCAGUUGCGCAUGCUCCAGCUGCAGAACCAAGAGUCGGUGCGCGCGCUGCUGAAGCGCACGGAGGCGGAGCUGAGCAUGCGCGUGUCAGAGGCGGCGCGGCGGCAGGAGGACCCGCUGCAGCGGCAGCGCACCCUGGUGGAGGAGGAGCGGCUGCGCUACCUCAACGACGAGGAGCUCAUUACCCAGCAGCUCAAUGACCUGGAGAAGUCGGUGGAGAAGAUCCAAAGGGACAUGGCCCACAGCCACCGGCUGGUGCCCGGCCCCGAGCUGGAGGAGAAGGCGCUGGUGCUGAAGCAGCUCGGGGAGACGCUGACGGAGCUCAAGGCUCACUUCCCGGGCCUGCAGAGCAAGAUGCGGGUGGUGCUGCGCGUGGAGGUGGAGGCGGUGAAGUUCCUGAAGGAGGAGCCCCAGCGCCUGGACGGGCUCCUCAAGCGCUGCCGCGGGGUCACCGACACGCUGGCCCAGAUCCGGAGGCAAGUGGACGAGGGUGUGUGGCCACCCCCCAACAACCUCCUGAAUCAGUCUCCCAAGAAGGUGACGGCUGAGACGGACUUCAACAAGGCCUUGGACUUCGAAAUGCCACCCCCUAGUCCCCCGCUGAACCUGCACGAGCUGAGCGGACCGGCCGAGGGCGCUCCCCUCACCCCCAAGGCGAGCAACCCCGCCAAGGGCCUGGAGACCCCUGGCAGGAGGAGCGUGGACAAGGCUGUGUCUGUGGAGGCUGCCGAGAGAGACUGGGAGGAGAAGCGGGCAGCCCUGACCCAGUACAGCGCCAAGGACAUCAACCGGCUGCUGGAGGAGACGCAGGCCGAGCUGCUCAAGGCCAUCCCGGACCUGGACUGCGCCAGCAAGGCCCACCCCAGCCCGGCCCCGACCCCGGACCACAAGCCCCCCAAAGCUCCCCACGGCCAGAAGGCAGCACCCCGAGCGGAGCCCAGCGGGAGGAGGGGCUCAGAUGAGCUGACAGUGCCCAGAUACCGCACUGAGAAGCCCUCCAAGUCGCCCCCGCCGCCCCCUCCCCGCCGCAGCUUCCCCUCCUCCCACGGCCUGACCACCACCCGCACCGGGGAGGUGGUGGUCACCAGCAAGAAGGACUCGGCUUUCAUCAAGAAGGCGGAGUCCGAGGAGCUGGAGGUGCAGAAGCCGCAGGUGAAGCUGCGUCGGGCCGUGUCGGAGGUGGCCCGCCCGGCCUCCACGCCGCCCAUCAUGGCGUCCGCCAUCAAGGAUGAGGACGAUGAGGACCGCAUCAUCGCGGAGCUGGAGGUGGGUCAGGUGUUUGAGAGAAGCUCAGUGUCUUCCCUCCCCCCCACGCCCCGCCGCCAGCCGAUCCCCAUCCUGCUGUCCCCCCAGGACCUGGGGCCCCCCGGGGGCUCAGCCCCGGGCCCCACACGGAAGGCUGCCACAGGACCCAGGGCCCUCCGUGUCCCUCGGAUCACCUUGACGGAGUGUGCCCCCAGCACUCCCUCCCCGCCAGAAGCCAGGCCUGAGGAGCUGGACCCCAGGACAGCCCCGACCCCGCGACCUCGGACCCUGGCUGGCAGGGGGCAGGGCUGGAUUGGCCCACAGGCCUGGCCAGGGCUAGUGGCAGGGGCUUCCCGGCCUGAGAGCACCUCCAUGCCCAAGAAGGAAGGGGCAGCAGGAGGGGGCUGCAGCCCAGCAGGUGCAGGAGCCGGGGUCCUGUGUCACCAGGGACCCGCCCCCGAGGGGGCUCAGGAGCCUUCCUCCGCUGGGGCUCUCCCAGAGGAAAACCCCAAGGACUGUGGACAUGAUGCGGCGGCUGGCCGGGGGCACACAGCGCGGGGCAUCGCCCUGCAGCGCGUGGACAGCCUGGAGGAGACGCUGCGGGAGCUGGAGGCCACCCUGAGCGAGAUGCGUGGAGCCCCAGCAGCGGGGCCCCCUGGCAGUUCCCCACCCCUGCCCCCCCGCCCCCAGAGUGGCGGUGGCGGCGUGCCGCCCAUGAAGGUGGUGACUCCAGGGGCCUCUCGGCUGAAGGCGGCCCAGGCCCAGGCGGGCAGCCCGGACAAGAGCAAGCACGGCAGGCAGAGGGCGGAGUACCUGAGGACCCAGGCCCCGCAACAGGCCACUAAACCACCCAAAGAGAUGAGCGGGUCGAAUGAGUCCUCCAGCCCAGUCUCAGAAAAGCCAUCGGCUUCCAGAACCUCCAUCCCUGUAUUGACUUCCUUUGGGGCUCCAGCUCCCGCCUCCACCGCCCUUCCCGCUUUCCCUCAGCCCCCCAAGAAUCCCCACUCUGAGCCGAAUCCUCCCCACUCACUCUGAGCCGUGGCGACGGGGAAGCGCCAGCGCCUUCUCCCCUCCCUCGCACCUUCCUGGAGGACCGCGCCACGUGGACCAACCCCGGCAGCAGGCUGGACAGCAGACGGGGAGACUCGGGCCUGGAGACCCCUCCCCGCCACCCUGGGACAAGACUGUGGCCGCUGCUGCCGCGCGCUGGGCCUGGGGCGGGACAGAGGGGCUGGGGGCGGCCCUGGGGCGUGUGGGCUAGCCAGCUGCGGCACCGCCCUGGGAGAGGGCAGCCCUGGGCAGGGGGCUUUGGUACUUUCAGUUCCUAAUUUAGCACUUUCAAUGCCAUUAACUUAUUUACUGAGGGCGCGGGGUGGGGGGGGGGAGUGUGAGGGGCCUCGCGGGGGGGUGGGGGUUGAGGGCAAUGGGAGGGAGGGGUGGGGCUGGGGGAGGCAGUGAGGGCAGCUCGACCCCGCCGAGGGGUGGGCGGCGCUGCUCCGGCUUCGUCGCCAUCCGAGUUUUCAGGGAAGCCGUGAGAUGUGGCUUUCAAACGGGGACCUGGUGAUCCUGGUGACCAGCCAGCCGGCGACCCUGGCAUCGCGGUGCCCGGCCCGGGAUUGCAAGGAGCCAGGGGCGAGCUAAUUUUGCUUCCAGUCCCGGCCCCCCAGAGAGCACAGCAGGGGCCAGCGGGAAGACUUUGCGUUGAGGAGGACGAGGAUGGAGUGGGGCCCCGGGAGCAGGGUUUUGUCGUGGAGCACAAAGCGGAGAAAGCACAGCGGGCGCGGGCGCGGGUGCUCCCGCAGCAAGCACAGAAAGCAGGAGCCGGCGGCGGGGCGGGGCGGCGCCCCGAGGCCCCGGGGCUGGUGGGCCGCCAGGGGGCGCUGCUGAGGGAGGGGGAGGGGAAGCUGGGUUGUGUUUCUUCAUUUCUUUCUUUCUCCUCUCUUUUGUUGGUUCGUCCUUAUUUUCUAGCUUUGGAUCAUUUUUGUACCAAGGCAAGCAAACCUUUUUGAAAAAUAACAAGAGGAAAAAAAAUCCCCUCCUGGAAAAAAAAAAACCCGGAAAAUAGAAAAAAAAAAGGACCUCAUAAAUGAUGCAAUUACUUCUAAUUGCAGGCAACUCUUUACAUUUAAGUGAAGUGUCUUAACAUUUUAUAUUGUUUUAAAAAUAUAUUUACAUAUUAUAUAUAUAAUAUACGUAAUAUAAAUAUAUAUAAAUAUUUAAAAAAGAAAAAAAAAGCCGCAGCACUCUCUCCCUGCCGCUGUUUCGGCGGGGGAGGGGCUGGGGCUGGGCUCAUCGGCCUGGCUCGUGUGGUCCAGUGAAGUGGUUCCGGUUUGAUUUGGCUGUACAGAGACCCUGACUUGGUGGGGGAGGGGAGUGGUGCCCCCUCUUCCCUGCGCUCCAUUCCUCUGCUUGCUUCUCCACUUGCCUCACCUCCCAGCCCCGCCCUGUGACCUGGAUGUGUGCCCCGCUGUCAUCGUCCCGAGUUGAAUGUCUCUGCGAGGGGAGGGGCAGAUGGGAGAAGUGUCCGUCUUGGAAGGAGCAGAAGGAGGGAGCCACGUGCCCCGCACCACUGCCCAGGUGGAGCGUGUGGGGUGUACGUGUGUCUUUCGCUUUGCUUCCUGCACAGGGCUGGGCUGGGAGGCACCUGUGUGGACUGUGUGCAGGUGCGCAGGCGUGGCCUGUCGCGUGUGUGGGAGGAGGCGUGUGUGCACCUGCCUAACUGCAAGACAUUUGUCGGCGUGGACGUGGAGGUGCAUGCAACGUGUCUGCGGGUGCGGUGGUGCACGAGUGCUAGUGCAGACCCAGGUGUGUGAGUGGCUCUGUGCGUGCGUGUGUGUGUGCGUGUGAUCCGUCGUCCCGCACCACUCGCUCCGGCUCCCUCCCCCAGUCCCACCCCCGGCAGCACGUGAGUCCCCCCCUAGCUGCAUGCGCCUUGCUCUGUCCAUCAGUGUGUGCUUGACCAAGAGAAAACUGAGACGUCCCCGGGGGGCCCCUGUACUUGGUCCCCCAGCCCCCACCCACUGUGCUGUGUUACUCGCAUGGGGGGUUCCUCUCCCACCCCUUCCACAAUAUGCUGUUUCCCAGGGGCCUCAGGCUCUGCGAGGGGUCCCAGGCGGGCCCCCAGGCGAGCCCCGGCUCCACACCCGUAGGGCCCGUGCUGGUGUAACAGUGAUGGCUUCUGUGGACGUUCUGUGACCUCUGUCGGUGUGACUUGACAAUUUCUAAAUGCAAAGGGUUGCUGUGUUUUCUCCGUCUCUCUUUUCUAAUGUCCUUUCUCCCCCACCCCCACCCCGCUCUCCUUCCUUUUCGGUUUUUCUAGCCGAGUGUUUGGGGCUUUAAUAAAACUUGUUUCUUUUUCCUCUCCUGGA